AUGGAUUCUGCCUCUAUAAUCUGGGAGAAUUAAUAAACUAUAAUGUUUGAAGAAGGAAUAGUCUUAAGAAAGCCUUCUUGGUUUAAAAAAUUAUUCUUCGUUUAUGUAUAUCCCAUAAUGAAUAAAGCUUAUAGACAAGGAUUGGAUGAAAGUCUAAUUAAUGAGUUGGAAUCUUCGCAAUAAUCAUAUUUUAGGCAUCUCAAGUUUUCUUAACAUUUAAAACUAAAAAAAAAGUAAAAUUUAGUUGAUUUGAUAUUGAAAUAUUAUUUAUGUAUGUUAUUUGCUAAUGAACUAGAGUAUUUUUUGAAAGGAUUUCUAAUUUAAUUGGUGGUACUUUUUAGUCAAUUGGCUAUGCCGUUAUUAACAAAAUACAUAAUUGAAUACAUUUAUGAAUCAGAUAAAGAUUAUCAUUAAGCUUUAUUACUUAUCUUCCUAGUAAUGCUAAUAAGAAUACUCAAUUUAUUGUCGAUGUCCCACUCAAGAUUCAUGAUGAAAGUUUAUGGAUAUGAUAUAAUGUCAGUCAUUAGUUUAGAAAUCAUGAGUAAAUGUCUCAAGAUUUCAUUGUUAAGCAACACUGAAAGGUCUAUAGGAGAAAUUACUAAUUUGAUUUAAGUAGAUGUUCAGAGACUCAUACAAGCUCCCAAUAACGUAGUCAAUAUGAUUAUUAUCCCAAUUUAAUUAUGUAUUACACUAACCUACAUUUACAAAGAAAUAGGCAGCUCUGUGAUAGUAGGUAUAGUAAUCAUCUUUUUGAGCAUACUUCAAAACAAUUAUGUUGGAAAACAAAUAGUUAAGGCAUAAAAGUUGGUUUUAAAGUCUAAGGAUAAUAGAGUAAAGGAAACAACUGAAGUGUUUUAGAUGAUCAAAUUUAUUAAGAUCAAUGCUUUGGAACAAUUUUUUCAAGAAAAGAUCUUCAAAUUAAGAUAAAUUGAACUGAAAUGUAUAAAGGAUAGAUUGAAGUAUUUUUCGAUAAAUGUGUUCAUGGGUUGGCUAUCCCCUUAAAUGAUUUUAAGUUUUACUUUUGGAUUGUAUGUACUCUUGGGGAAUCAAUUAAUCCCAAGUAAGACCUUUCCCAUAAUUGGAUUGCUCUCUAUUUUAGCUGCCAGUCUUUAAUUAUUGCCAAUUUCAUUGAAUGACCUUUUAGAAACCAAAGUAUCUUUAAAAAGAAUAGAAAACUUUUUAGAUAGUCAUGAGUUAAUGAAUGACUUAUAUUGUAAGAACAAGGCUGCAGCUGCAUCCUCUGCUUUAGAAAUAACUCAGGGCAACUUUUUCUGGAGAAAGGAGUGUAUUGAAGAUUAACAAAUCUUGAAGAAUAUAAAUAUCAAAGUGGAGAAGGGGAAGUUUGUAUCGAUUAUAGGAGAUGUCGGAUCUGGGAAGUCCUCAUUGAUUUAAAGCAUUUUAGGAGAGAUGAUCUACAAGAUCAAUGGUGAGAAACCAAAGGUCUAUAGAUCUAGUCCUAUUGCUUAUGUAGGAUAGAAGCCAUGGAUUUAAAAUGCCACUGUUCAAGAGAACAUAUUGUUUGGUAAGGCUUAUGAUGAGCAAUUAUACGAACAAGCCAUUAAAUAUUCAUGUCUCAGUCUGGAUUUAGAGAUCUUAAUUCAUGGAGAUCAAACUAUGAUUGGAGAGAAAGGAAUCAACUUAUCUGGAGGACAAAAGGCUAGAAUAAGUUUAGCAAGAGCCAUUUAUAGUAAAGCAGAAAUCUUCUUAUUGGAUGAUCCUUUGAGUGCUGUAGAUGCUCAAGUUGGCAAUUUCAUAUUGAAGGAGUGUUUCAUCAAUUUCUUGAAGGGAAAAACUAGAAUUCUGAUUACUCAUGCAUUAAACUACUGUAAAUACACAGACUACAUUUAUUUGAUGUAGAAGGGAGAAAUCAUAGAAUAAGGUGAUUAUUAGAAGAUGCAGAAUAACUUAAUAUUCCAAGAAAUCGAAAAGAAAUUUGAAUUUGAUAUCCAAUAGUAAGAGAACUAAAAUAUCACGCAAGGUAAGGAUGUAUAGUUGGGUGACGAGAAGGAAAUUGAUUAGAAUUAAGAGUAAAUUAAAGAUAUGGAUAAAACUAAAUCAGAUUUGAUGACUAUCGAAGAAAGGAAGAAGGGAGAAAUCGAUCAAGAAGUAUAUAUUAAGUAUCUGCAAUACAAAAAGAAUUUAAUCUUUUAAACUAUCCUAUUUAUUGUUCUGAUAAUUUGGAUACUCAGUUAGAUUAUGGCUAAUUUAUGGGUAACAGAAUGGACUAGUCGAUAUGCUUCAUUGUCAGAUCAUUAUAGCGAAAUCACUUACUUUUGGGUAUUUCUAUUCCUAGGAUUUAUACAGUCUAUGUUUGCCUACAUAAGAGCAGCAAUGAUUGUAUCACAAAGUAUAAAGUCCUCUUCCCAAAUACACAAUGAUAUGAUCAAUUGUUUAAUGUUUGCACCUCAAUGUAAAUUCUUUGAAAGAGUUCCACUAGGCAGAAUCAUGAAUAGAUUAACUAAAGAUAUUAAUUCUCUUGACGUUGAAAUCCACAUUAAUAUUGCUUAAUUUUCAACUAAGAUUAGCUAAAUUCUGAGCAACAAUUUAUUAAGUAUCUAUGUUAGCACAUACUUGCUCAUUUUCCCCUUAAUAAUUUUCUUUUAUAUAUGCUUGAAAAUCCAACGAUUAUACAUGAAAGCCAGUAGAGAACUUCAACGAUUAGAACUUAUAAGUCGAAGCCCAAUUCUGAGUUAUUUUACUUAAUCUUUAAUGGGGUUGACAACUAUAAGAGCUUACUCUCAAUCCGAUUUUGUGAUCAAGGAAUUUGCCUAGAAAUUAGAUUAUAAUAAAUAGAUAGUCAAUUAUUCAAUUGCAGCUAGUUCAUGGUUUCUAUAAGUUCUCGGGUUUGCCAGUCUAAUAGUAAAUACUUUUGCAAUUGGUUAUUGCAUUUUAUACACCAGUAAUCCUUCGUUUGCAGGACUGAUAUUAACAUUUGCUGCUAGUUUGGAUAGAAAUGUGCAAUAAACUGUUGAUUCUUUAAGCUUAUUAGAAAAUAAUAUGAUAUCCUUUGAGAGAUGCUUAGAGUAUACAAAGAUCGAAUCAGAGAAUCUGGCAGAGGUUAAAACCGUAGAAUAAUCAUGGCCCAAUCAGGGAAGAAUUAAAUUCAUUAAUUAUUCAGUAAAUUACAGAAGCAAUCUGCCGUUAGUUCUUAGAAACUUAAGUUUUUCUAUUGAUUCUUAAGAGAAGAUAGGUAUUGUAGGAAGAACUGGAGCUGGGAAAUCAUCAAUAACACUUAGUAUCUUGAGAAUAGUAGAAGCUUUAUAAGGGCGUAUAGAAAUAGAUGAUGUAGACAUCUCAAAAGUAUAAAUUUAAAGAUUGAGGUCAUCAAUCACCACCAUACUUUAAGAUCCUGUGAUUUUUACUGGAACUAUUAGGUAAAACUUAGAUCCCUUGGAAACUUGCAGUGAUGAAGAAAUAAUGAAGGUAAUCGAAGAAUGUUGUCUAUUAUAAUUGAUCAAUGAUAGGAAUGGAUUAAAUACUUCUAUAAAUGAGGGAGGAGAUAAUUUGAGUGCAGGAGAGAAACAAUUGAUAUGCAUUGCAAGAGCCAUAUUGAAGAAAAGCAAAAUAGUCUUGGUUGAUGAAGCCACAGCCAAUAUUGAUAUAGAGACUGAACAAAAAAUAUAAUAGGCCAUCUAGAGAUUAUUCAAGGAUCAUACAGUGAUUACCAUAGCUCAUAGAAUUAAUACUAUUUUGCAUUGUGAUAAGAUUUUUGUUAUGAGCAAAGGAGAAUUAAAGGAGUCUGGAUCACCAAGUGAAUUAUUGAAGGACAAAUCUUCUUUAUUUUAUGAGGUCUAUCAAGAAGCGAUGAAUCAUAAAUGA